AUGUUCAAGAGAACCCUCGUAUUGCUCGAGAAGAGCGCGGCGAAGCCGUACGCCAACAUGCUCAAAGACCCGUCGAUCAAGUACUCCCGGUUCCGGGGCGUCGAUCUGCCAGACAGAACGUGGCCCAACAAGGUGAUCACCAAGGCCCCACUCUGGCUCUCGACAGACCUCAGAGACGGCAACCAGUCGUUGCCCGACCCGAUGUCCGUCGAGCAGAAAAAGGAGUAUUUCCACAAGCUGAUCGAGAUCGGCUUCAAAGAGAUCGAGGUCGCGUUCCCGUCCGCGUCGCAGACAGAUUUCGACUUCACCAGAUACGCUGUGGAGCACGCGCCGGCAGACGUGGCGAUCCAGGCCCUGGUGCAGUCGCGCGAGCACCUGAUCAGAAGAACCGUCGACUCGCUCAAGGGGGCCAAGAGAGCCAUAGUGCACACUUACCUGGCCACGAGCGACCUGUUUAGAGACGUUGUUUUCGGCAUGAGCCGCGAGGACGCCAUUGCCAAGGCCGUGGAGACCGCGAAGCUGGUGAGAUCGAUCACGAAGGACGAUCCUGCGCUGCAGGACACGAAAUGGUCGUACCAGUUCUCGCCAGAGUGUUUCAGCGACACGCCGACCGAGUUUGCGCUCGAGAUCUGCGAGGCCGUCAAGGCCGCGUGGGAGCCGACCGUCGACAACCCGAUCAUCUUCAAUCUGCCUGCCACGGUGGAGGUUUCCGGCCCCCACAUCUACGCGGACCAGGUUGAGUAUUUUUCGAGAAAUAUUUCCGACAGAGAAAAAGUGAUCAUCUCGCUGCACUGCCACAACGACAGGGGUUGCGGAGUCGCUGCCACCGAGCUCGGCCUGCUUGCCGGCGCCGACAGGGUCGAGGGCUGUCUGUUUGGAAACGGAGAGAGAACCGGAAACGUCGACCUGGUGACCGUCGCGCUCAACAUGUACACCGACGGUGUGUCGCCCGAACUCGAUUUUUCGGACUUGGAGUCCGUGAUCGACGUCGUCGAGAAGGGCAACAAGAUUCCUGUCCACUGCAGAGCUCCGUACGGCGGCUCGCUGGUCGUUUCGGCGUUCUCCGGCUCGCACCAGGACGCCAUCAAAAAAGGAUUCGCCAAACAGGCCGAGAGAGAGGCCAAGGGAGACAUGAGAUGGAUGAUUCCGUACUUGCCUCUGGACCCUAAAGAUAUCGGCAGAAACUACGAGGCGGUUAUCAGAGUCAACUCGCAGUCGGGCAAGGGAGGAGCCGCCUGGGUUAUCGAGAGAUCUCUGGGCCUGGACCUUCCAAGAGAAAUGCAGAUCAACUUUUCGAAAAUUGUUCAGGAUGCGGCCGAUUCUCUGGGCAGAGAGCUCAAGGCAGACGAGGUUAUUUCUCUGCUGCAAACCAGCUAUAACGUCGAUAACUGCUCAAACUCGGCGCUCGUCCUGAAGGACUACAAGCUCGACAAGGAGUCUGAGUUUGUGACGCACAUCAAGGCACAGUUUGUGUACAACGGCAAGGAGGUGGAAGUCGAGGGUACCGGAAACGGCCCGAUCUCGUCGUUUGUGAACGCGGUGGCCCAGGCUGUCGGCCGCGACAUCGAGCUUCAGAAGUACGCCGAGCACGCCGUGGGCAAGGGCUCCAACACCAAGGCUGCCACCUACGUGUUGCUUUCCGUGGGCGAGGACUCGCAGUGGGGUAUCGGCAUCCACGAGUCCAUCACCCGGGCCUCGUUGAACUCGAUCAUCGCCUCGGUCAACAACCUCAUCAGCAGCAAGCCAAAGACCUUGCACCUGAAGAGAUCCACAGCAUAA